GUGUGAAUGGCCUCCUUUGUGCCUCUGAAUUGAAGGCAAUUAGGUGCUACUUAUCUGGGGGUGGGGGGAGGACUUAAGCCGUAUACGCCUACCAGCCUCACGAGCUCCCUCCUCCUGAGCUUAUAAAUGCCACUCAGCUCUGCUGAACCUGCUGAGGACCCUGUGCCUAACCCUCGUCUGUCAUCUAUUCUGGGAACGUUGCGGCCGGCCCCACAGCCAUGUCUCCCUCCGCUGCCCCACCCAGUGGCCCCAAGCCAUCCAGGUUUGGCUGCGUGGACUGGCUUUCCCAGAGCAGCCAUGUGGGGCAAUCACACACCUGCAGGCCUGCUGAAGUCUCUUGGAGAAGCCUCUCUGCUCCAGCCAGGGUAUCCAGCAGCAGGGAGUUCCCUCAGACUGGGGGCAUGGAGGAGAAGCCCUCAGAAGUGUCUUCGCGGGGGACGCCCACGGCUGGCUGGAGCAGGGAGGCAGACGCCCUGCGGGCUCCCCGCGUGCGCACGGCCUUCACCGCGGAGCAGGUCAGCACCCUGGAGAGCACCUUCCAGCGCCGCCGCUACCUGGGCCCCGCGGAGCGCCGGAGGCUGGCCCGGGACAUGCAGCUCUCGGAGGUCCAGAUAAAAACCUGGUUUCAGAAUCGCCGCAUGAAACACAAGCGCCAGCUACAGGACUCCCGGCUGAGCGGCCCCCUCCCGGGAGCGCUCUGCCCACCCCUCUCCGCCCUCGGCAGUGGCUUGCAGCGUCUGUGCCCUUGGGCAUCCCCGCUGGGGCCUCCCGCUCUGACACAGCCCCCUGGCUCCAUCUGGGAUUCCUGCCAAGCGGAGCAAGCCUCCCUGGCCUUGGCGUGGGCCCCGCGCAGCAGGCAGCCUCUGAUGCUCUGCCUCCCGGAGCCUGGGGGCCAGGAGCACACGCUGGGCCCAGCCCUGUCCAGGGGACCCUGGGACCAGUGUGCCCUUCCCCAGACCGGGGAUGCCUUUUGAGGAAGUGUGAUAAGCCAGAGACCUGGGCUGGAGCGGGAGCUGCCCCACCCGGAGCAGGUGCGUGCAGAGCGGCGCCCGGCAUCUCCCAGGAGAGCCGUCCACCGUCUGUUUCCAUCACAGCAACGCCGGGUGUGAGCUGGGUGCCCAUCCGCAGGCGGGACCUGGAGCCCUGACCCACCGUAAGGUUCCAGAGUGUUACAGUUGAAGACAUUCACUGAAUACUACUCCAGGCUUAGUUUAAGAAUGAAGUGAAGUGGUCCGUCAGCAAAAUCAAAAGCCGGAAGUGGACUUGAUGAGUGUUGGGUUUCUAGCGCAGGAUCGAAUGGUAAUUUAUUCAUUAUGAAGUGUUGGAAAAAUAAAGAUUCAGGGGUCCCUGGCUGGGUGGAGCAGGAGCGCAACUCUGGAUCUCGGGGUUGUGAGUUCA